AUGCUAUACGAAUUGAUUGCAAUUGUCCGCCCGGGCAGCCUCAACGAGGUUCGGGAAAUUGCCCGUAACGCCGGCGCCCAAGUUAUCCGCUCCGGCGGUGUCGUUCGAGGAUACACCAACUGGGGCACUUUCCGCUUGCCCAAAGUCACCACCAAGCAUCAAGCUCGAUACAGCGAGGGACAUCACUUCAUCAUGCGCUUUGAUUCCUCAGGUCCCGUUCAGGCAUCCGUCCGCCGUACCCUUGGUCUUGACCCGCGUAUGAUCAACUUCUCAGUCGUGAAGUUGGGUGACAAGCUCGCGGAGGUGAAGGAUGUUGAGGGCAAGGCUGGAUGGAACAACGUUCGCAGCAUCAGUGAUACCAUCUCAUCGCCUCAGUCUAGAAUGUCUGAGUUUUGA